AUGUCAGCUCCGACUCUUGAUGCCACAGCCUUCCCCCACCUCCUGGAAGCGGUUAUUACGCAGGCGCCCCCCGCCUCUCUCCUUGCCCUCCGCGCAGCCUCUCGCACCUGCAAAGCGCGCGCCGACGCACGUCUGGCUGCCCACCUAGUCCUAGAAGAUAGAGGCAUGGGUGGUCGCUGGUUUGCGGCCUGGCACGCCUCCCUCAACCCGUCUCUCCUCAUCGCCCCAUCAUCUCCAAGCGACAUCCUAGCGGCAACAUUCAACGCCUACUCGGUCUACACCCACGUGGGACGUAUGCGCGUCCUUGGCGCUCCACCCAGUGAUACGCACUACAACUGGAACCAAUUCGCCCGGCCUCAUGGCCCCUUCGUAAAGGGCGCACAAGCAUUCUUACCCCUCGUACGGGUGCUCGAUCUACGCGGUGAUAUUGGCGUGUUGGCGGACACGACGGCCUUCAACCACGAAAUUCCGCUCACCCGCCUCCUCCCUGGCCCAAGUGGGGAGAUGGAAGAACGACCGCCUCUCUCUCGCACUCUCGCCCUCUUUCCCAGUCCGGGUGAUAUGGAACCAAACCACAUCGCGGACGUGUAUCCCCGUUGUCGGCGGGUGGUGCUCAACGUCAGAUGGCACAAUGCGCCGGGGUUGGUGAGGGCGCGAUUGCGCGACCUCGAGGGCGGAGACGAGGUCGUCAUUUCCUUUUCCGGAUGGCACGCCCCGCCCAACGCCGAGGUCAGGGGAGUGGUGGAAGGGAGACCUACCCUUCUCCACGGGCCAGAAUCGUUUACUCCGGCGUACUUUGAGGGCGUCAGCGAACCGGAGGAGGAGGAAGAGACGCUACCAUGGCACCGACUCGGGCCGCGCGAGAACGAUAAUCUCCGAUGGCAGGAACUCGCGUUCCUCGUCGCACUAAGUCUGUCUUGCGGCGCCAAGGUCACCAUUGUCGACCUGGACCGCGUCGAUCCCGGAUGGCUUGAUCCCGACUUUGCCCCACCUGGCCUGAGCCCGACUGAUGCCACACCACUCAACCCCACUCCCGCAUCUCUCCUCAACCCCCCAGAUCCUAAUGAUGACCACGAGGAACACGACGAUACGACCUUCGUCGCGGACCAUCCCGACGAUCUCGUCGACGUGCCCGUUACCGCACAUUCUAGGGCCACGCUGCACGACCUCAAAGCCACACUUCGGGGGUUGCGGAUCGCGCGCCGCGAAAUGCCGAGCUUCUGGCUUGUCAAUGGUCUGCGGGUGUAUGGCCUGUGCACCGUUGUCAUGCCGCAGUCUACGCGGGGCGUGCGUUUCAUCACCGCCGAGCAGUAUGCCGCUGAGGCGGACCCGCUCGAGACGGACGCGAGCGCAUAUGCGCUGUAG